CAUUUUUAUUAGUAAAAAUGAGGCGUUUUACUUUAGUGGAAAAGAUAUUAGUGAUAAACCUGCUAAAAAACAAACAAACAGAAAGCCUAGCCUGGCUGGCUUGUCUUAGCUGGUCUCUUAAGUUUGUCAAAAACUGGUUUUCAAUUGGUUGAUCUGCUUUCCACACACUAAAGUUUGGGUUUCAGUCAUACAAAAUGAAAAUGAAAUAAUAUGAGUGUUAUUGUUAAAACGUUUUCAAUAAUGUUUUGUUGCCUUCAUAUAGCUAAAAUGAAGAAAACAUAAGUGAACGGGUGAAGUUGAAGAAACUCUCAGACUCUACAGAUGCUGCCUCUCGCAUAAUGUCUGAUUUCUGGUUACCGAAUAGCGUCCGUGACCGGAAAACUAACGCGAGCGCCCGUGAUCUGCGUGUCAAGGACGAGACGGGUGGGUGUGAAGACUCAACUACUUCAGUUAAUGUUACACUGAAAUCAUACUGUACUUUCGACUGGAGUUGACUUGGCUUCUUCGUCUCGCUUCUCCUGGUCUGUGGCUGUAACGCACUGUGAAAUCAAUAUGACGGCCAUAAAAAUCAGGGUCGGGGCUGUUCCACACGGGAAGUCCACUCCUCUUUUUCUAGACGUAUUUUGCCGCAGUCUCAUUAUCCUGUGUACAUCUCUGUCGGUCGUCCUCUCGUCUGUUGCGGUGUGUGACGGUCACUGGCUGCUGACCGGCAGACACAUGUUCGGGCUGUGGUAUUUCUGCUCAGUGGAGCAGCAGCAGAGCUCUGAGUUGGGGUCACAGAGCUUCAAAGCCUCCUCUAACUGCACCAGAAAUCUGGAGGAGGCAGGGGUGGACGGUCUGGGUGUGGGCCUGGCGGCGUGUCGCUCUGUGAUCACUCUGGCUGUGGUCAGUGCCAUAUUCGGACUGGAGUUGCUUGUGAUGUCGCAGGCGAGCGAAGGGAGGGACUCCAGUCAGCGCUGGACUCUCGGGGCGCGGCUGGUCCUGCUGGCGGGGCUAAUGGCUGCAGGAGGGGUGGCAACGUUUGUACUCCUCUUAGGGACAUUUGCAACACUGCUUGGGUUCACACUCACCUUCUGGUGCCAGUUCACGGCCACCUUCCUGUUCUUCCUCAAUGGAAUGGCAGCACGGCACAUCCAGCAUAUUGAACCUCUGCUGCCCUUUAGAGGACAACCUGACAAACUGUAGAAAUAAACAAGCUGCUGAUGGUU